AUGGUGACAACACAACCAGUAGCAGGUCCAAGCAUAGCCAAUGGUCCCGCCUUUCCUCCUGGAGUACAACCUCAUCGGAAUCCCUUCGCUGUGCAAAGACCACCAAAUUCCGAUGAGUCUGAGAGGAUGGUAUCAACUGUUCACCAUGUUGUGACGACGAAAACUCGUACGUUUCGUUCGAUCGCUCUCGGCCAAGUAUUGUCGUUAUGUCUAUGCGGCACGGGUAUUUCCAGUCAGUUGCUUUCAAAUCGAGGAGUUAACGCUCCAGCUGCUCAGUCGUUCACGAAUUAUUUUUUACUAUGCUUCGUGUAUUGCACCGCGUUAUCGUGCAAGUCCGGUGACGAAGGUCUCUUGGGUGUAAUGAGGCGGCGAGGUUUGCAAUACUUUGUAUUGGCACUGAUCGACGUCGAAGCGAACUACAUGAUUGUGUACGCAUACCAGUUCACGAAUCUCACCAGUGUACAGCUACUCGAUUGUUCGACGAUUCCGAUGGUAUUGCUGCUGUCGUGGUUAUUUCUCUCGGUUCGAUAUUUAAUUUCACACAUUAUAGGUGUUUGUAUUUGUUUGGUAGGCAUUGCUUGUCUGAUAUGGGCCGAUAUUCUGGAUGGGAAAGGAAGUAUAGGAGGAAGUCAUCGUGUCGUUGGCGAUCUUCUAUGCUUGGGCGGUUCGAUGUUAUACGCAAUUGCGAACGUUUCCGAGGAAUUUCUUGUGAAACAGCACAGUCGAAUGGAAUAUCUCGGCAUGGUCGGCCUGUUCGGAUCGCUCAUCUCUGGUGUACAACUGUUAGUUGCUUUUAUAGAGAGGCGCAAUGUCUCCCUAAACGCAGUGGUCUUGGAUGGUUUGGGGCGGCUGCUGCGAGUUUAUUAUCGGACUCAU